AUGACUGAGUUCUAGCUGAUCUCGGCUCCUGGGGACAAGACGUGCCAGCAAACCUGGGAAAAACUUCAAGCAGCUACCACAAAGAAUAACAAUCUGUCUACCAACUCCAAGUUUAAUAUCCCUGACUUAAAGGUUGGCACUCUGGAUGUGCUGGUCGGGCUGUCUGAUGAACUGGCUAAACUGGACUUGUUUGUGGAAGGAACCGUUAAGAAGGUAGCGCAGUACAUGGCUGAUGUUUUGGAGGACAGCAGAGAUAAAUUUCAGGAAAAUCUUCUCGCCAGUGGAGUGGAUUUGGUCACCUACAUAACCAGGUUCCAGUGGGAUAUGGCAAAGUAUCCAAUUAAGCAGUCAUUAAAAAACAUUGCUGAAAUCAUUGCUAAGGGUGUAACCCAGAUUGAUAAUGAUCUUAAAGCAAGGGCCUCUGCUUAUAAUAAUCUGAAAGGAAAUCUUCAGAACUUGGAAAGAAAAAAUGCCGGAAGUUUGAUAACCAGAAGUCUGGCUGAAAUUGUAAAAAAAGAUGACUUUGUUCUUGAUUCAGAGUACCUGGUCACGCUUUUGGUAGUCGUCCCUAAGAAUAACUACAAUGAAUGGGUAAAGCAAUAUGAAACUCUCUCUGAGAUGGUUGUCCCUCGAUCCAGCAAUGUUCUUUCAGAAGACCAGGACAGUUAUCUUUGUAACGUCACUUUAUUCAGGAAAGCGGUUGAUGACUUCCGUCACAAAGCCAGAGAAAAUAAAUUUGUUGUUCGUGAUUUCCAGUAUAAUGAGGAGGAAAUGAAAGCCGACAAAGAAGAAAUGACCAGGCUAUCUACCGAUAAGAAAAAACUGUUUGGUCCUCUUGUACGAUGGCUCAAAGUAAUCUUCAGUGAAGCUUUUAUUGCUUGGAUUCAUGUGAAAGCUCUGAGAGUUUUUGUUGAGUCUGUUUUAAGGUACGGCUUACCAGUAAACUUCCAAGCCAUGCUGCUUCAACCCAGUAAGAAGACAAUGAAAAAAGUGAGGGAAGUAUUGUACGAUUUAUACAAGCAUCUGGACAGUAGUGCUGCCUCUAUUAUUGAUGCUCCAAUGGAUAUUCCUGGAUUAAACCUCAGCCAGCAAGAGUACUACCUAUAUGUAUACUACAAGAUUGACUGCAAUUUGCUUGAAUUUAAGUAAAAGAAAGUUGCACUGUUGUCUGAACAGAAAUGAGUUUGAAGUACAGCGACAAAC